AUUGGAAAAAUAAGUGCCCUGUUUUGGCUGCUAAGGGGAAGCUGGGAAAAAAGAAAUCACAUAUUAGUCCCGUGUUAGUGACUGACAUUUCUGAAACUACCCAUGACCUUGAUCCUAGUACUUCCAUAGAGGUGGGGGAGGAAGUAUGUGACUCCAAAUUGUUAGCCAUGGAAAACUUUGUACCGUUUAUUACAGACGGUUGUGUGUCAUUGCCAAACUCUGAGAUUAAAAUACCAGUUAAAAUUUUGAGAGAUACAGGUUCAUCAGAAUCUUUUAUUACUGAAUCUGUUUUGCCCUUUUCCCAGGUAUCAGGUGAAGGGAGGAGUGUUCUUAUUAGGGGAAUUGGAUUAAACACUCUUUCUGUUCCUCUAUAUAGAGUACACUUGACCUCCGACCUGAUUUCUGGAGAGGUAUCUUUGGGAGUUCGUCCAUCUUUGCCAGUGGAUGGGGUUGCUGUCAUCCUGGGUAACAAUUUGGCUGGAGGUAGAGUCUGGCGAGAGGUGAUUCCUCCUCCUGAGGUAGUAUCUAUUCCAGUUACUGAGAACUCCGAUGUUCUGAAUCAAAAUUUUCCUGAAGUAUUUAAGGCUUGUGUUGUGACUCGUGCAAGGAGUCGUGAGAUGGCAUUGGAGAAACAAGAAGUGUCAAAAUAUGUGGUGCCUGGUUUAUCUACCCUUUCACCAAUUUCUCAUAGGGAGUUGGUAGAUGCGCAGCAGGAGGACCUGGAGUUGCAGAAGUUGUUUGAUGCUGUUAUUUCGCCUCAGGAGGUAAGAAGUGCUGUGAGUGGAUGUUUUAUCCAAGAUGAGGUGCUUGUAAGGAAGUACGUUCCCUGUAAAGAGACUUUAAUGGAGGAGUGUAUCAUUCAAGUGGUGGUGCCAAAAAAAUUUAGAGAUGUAGUGUUACAACAAGCUCAUGGUGAAGUGGCUGGACACUUAGGAGUAAGGAAGACCUAUGAUCGAAUUUUACGACAGUUUUAUUGGCCCCGUUUGAAAAAGGAUAUAUCGUCUUUCAUUAGAACAUGUCACACGUGCCAGUUGACUGGGAAGCCUAAUCAGUUGUUGAGACCAGUGCCUUUGAGUCCUAUUGUUGUUACAAGUAAACCAUUUGAGCACUUAAUAAUUGAUUGCGUGGGACCAUUGCCUCCAUCAAAAUCAGGGAAUGCAUAUUUGUUGACCGUUAUGUGUCAGGCAACUCGCUAUCCAGCAGCUUAUGCUCUCCGGAGUAUUACCACCAAAGCGGUUGUCAAGGCCCUAACUCAGUUUAUAUCUAUCUUUGGGAUACCGAAGAUUAUUCAAAGUGAUAACGGUACAAAUUUUACAUCUCGUAUGUUUGCUGAGGUUUUGAGGGUGCUUAAAGUGAAACACAAUCAGUCAAGUGUAUAUCAUCCUCAAAGCCAGGGUGUGAUAGAAAGAUUCCAUCAGACUUUAAAGUCACUUUUGCGUGCUUACUGUGUGGAGUUAAGCCGUGACUGGGAGGAGGGUCUACCCUGGCUGUUACUGGCUGCCAGGGAAGUACAGCAAGAGAGCUUAGGAUUUAGCCCAAAUGACUUGGUUUUCGGUCAUCGUGUACGUGGACCUCUUUCUGUUUUGCGUGAGGGACUAGGUGAGGAGGAUCCUCCGCGAAAUUUGGUAGAGUAUGUCAAUGGUUUUCGUAGGCGUUUGUUUUUGGCUGGAUUGAGUGCACAGAAGAAUCUUGCUGUUGCGCAAGAGAAGAUGAAGAAUCAUUUUGAUAAGCAUGCUGAAGGUCGUGUCUUUACACCAGGUGAUCAGGUGUUAAUUUUGUUGCCAACUUCUGGGUCUCCUUUUUGUGCUAAGUUUACUGGACCAUAUACUGUUCUUCAGAAACUGUCUGACGAAAAUUAUCAAGUUGCAACUCCCGGUAGGCGCAAAUCUAAGCAGUGUUUCCAUGUAAAUUUGCUUAAGGCUUAUCGUUUUCGAAAUUCUGAGGUUCAGCCAACUAAAUCAGUUGCUCCUGUUGUCACUGCUUCUGUUGAGUCUUAUCAACCUUUUGUUGAGAGAGAAGAUAUGGUUAAGGAAGAUACAGUUGUUCCUGAAGAUUGUGUGUUGCUACCUCGAUUAAAAAAUUCAGAGACUCUUCAGAAUUUAGAUGUGUUGUUUUCACAUUUGACAGAGGGCCAAAACAAAGACCUAACCCAGAUGUUAUUGGAGUUUUCUGGCUUGUUUUCAGAUAUACCCACUCGAACUCAUCUGAUACAGCAUGAUGUUGAUGUGGGAGAGGCGCAACCUAUUCAUCAACGUUUUUAUAGGGUUCCAGUGAGUAAGAAAGAAGCAUUGGAAUCUGAAGUUCAAUAUAUGCUUGAGAACGGAAUAGCUGUUCCGUCGUGCUCAAGUUGGGCUUCACCUUGCUUGUUGGUGAGGAAAGCAGAUUCAACUUAUAGAUUUUGCACUGACUAUCGCAAGCUAAAUGCCAUCACAAAGCCUGAUGUUUUUCCGCUUCCACGAAUGGAAGAUUGUGUAGAUCAGGUGGGUACAGCUAAUUUUGUAAGCAAGUUAGAUCUUCUUAAGGGUUACUGGCAAGUGCCGUUGACUCCUAGAGCUAGAGAAGUAACCUCCUUUAUUACAUCGUCUGGAUUAUACUCGUACUCUGUGAUGAGUUUUGGGUUGAGAAAUGCCCCUGCCACCUUCCAAAGAUUGAUGAAUCGAGUGAUAUAUGGGCUGGAAGGGUGUGCAGUGUAUUUAGACGAUGUUAUUGUUUUCAGUGAGACCUGGGAGCAACAUUUGGUUCAUUUGCGAGCUCUUUUGACUCGGUUGACUGAGGCAUGUCUUACAGUUAACUUGGCAAAGUGUGAAUUUGCCAAGGCUACUGUAAGAUAUUUGGGGAAAGAGGUUGGACAAGGUAAAGUGCGACCAGUUCAGGCCAAAGUUCUUGCCAUUCAGCAGUUUCCUUCUCCGUCUACCAAGAAAGAACUCAUGCGGUUCUUGGGGAUGGUUGGUUAUUACCGGGGGUUCUGUCCAAAUUUUUCAACUGUGGUUUCUCCCCUGACUGAUUUACUUAAGAAUUCAGUGAAAUUUGAUUGGAGUGAGAAUUGUCAGAGAGCUUUUGAGAAUGUUAAGUUAUUAUUAACCACUGCUCCUGUUUUAGCUGCUCCAAGGCUGGAUAUGCCAUUUAAGUUACAGGUGGAUGCCAGCCAGGUUGGUGCUGGAGCUGUCUUGUUACAGACAGGGGAGAAUGGUUUGGACUAUCCUGUGAGCUUCUUUUCUCGAUCCGGAUUGCUGUUGGCAAGGUGGGGCCGUGUAAGAGAAUGGAAGGAAUUGUAGAAAAAUCAUGGUUGUACUGUGAUCAGAGGUGGUAUAACAAUGAUUGUUGAAUUAUGAUUUCUAAGUUUGUGGUGUGGUGUUUUGUUUUUUUGAUCCGAUUUGUAUCAGAUCUUUUUUAAAGGGGUGUGUGUGACGACUUCAGUGAUUAACUCGUUAUCUCUGAGUUGCAGGGGUGUGGCUGAAGUGAGUGGUUGUACACCUGAAUGUAAUCAUGUGGCCUUAUAAAAGACUGAGACAGAGAUGAGAGCGAGGCGGGCUGAGUUGGUGCAGAUCUUGGGCUGGUUUCGUUUGUGCUGUAGCCUACAUUGGAGUCCUGUUGGCUUGGAGAACUCAUGAGAUAUGUGAGAUAUGUGAGAUAUGGGAGAUCACCGCCACCCUUUGAUCCAUCUUCUAUGGGAUGGUUGGAUUGUUGACUGUCAUAAGUGAUAUACAUUUGCACACAACUACUGACACACUGAUUGUCAUUUAUACUAAUUCUUAAUGUUAUGUCCUACAUGUUAUAUUCUACUAAUAAAUUCUCUCAUUAAUUGGAAGUGGUGUGUGGUGACUCCCUUAUG